GAUUCCGUCUUGGUGCUGCUCGGCCUCCUGGAAUUCUGCGUGGCCGUGGCGGUUCUGGCGUUUGGAUACGACGCGGUCGGGCAGCACGCAUACACCCAGCUGGCGCUGUAGCCACGGCCCAGCCCCGCACGUGGUGCCGCAUCCCGAGGGGGUCCCCGCUACCGAAGGCCCCUGGGAUGCCCUCAGCGUGUUCGGCCCCCAAUAAAGGCCUCUCCCCCAGCCCAGUCCAGCCCGCCCGUGUCUCCGGGGGUUACUCGCGGUGCGGGGGGGACUCGCCCCGGGUGUGUUUGGGGGAGUUUGCGGGGUCCCGGUACCGGCGGCCACGGUGGUGGGCGGUGCUGCCCGGUACAAAGAUGGCGGCCACGCCCAAUACAAAGAUGGCGGCCGCCGCCGUGCGCGGAGGACGUUGCCCAAUACAAAAAUGGCGGCCAGGGGAGGUGCUCUGGCUUCGCGGGGGUCACGGCUCUGACGUCAUCUCUCCGCGACGCCGCGGGGCCGCGUGGAUCAUGGAGGGGGAGAACGGGGGGACCCCGGGGUCGACAACGGGAGCGACCCCCGGGGAGCCCAGCGGGGCUGCCUCGGCUCCGGCCGCGGCUCGGCGGCGGCGGAAAGGUGGAAAGAAGCGGCAGGAGGCGGUGGUAGCCAUCCCGCGGGGCAAGCCCAAGUCGGGACGUGUGUGGAAGGAUCCCGGGAAGAAGAGGUUCUCCCACAUGAUCCAGGACAAGGCGCUCCGCAGCUCCUGGGCACGGAAAAUGAAGGAGAGGCAGGAGAGGAAGCUGGUCCGGGAUCUGGCACGGCAGCUGGAGGAAGCCAAGCAGAGGGAGAAAGAGGAAAAGAAGCGGCGGCGGGAGGAGAACCUGAAGCGGCGCCUGGAAAACGAGCGGAAAGCCGAGAUUGUCCAAGUGAUCCGGAACCCCCUGAAGCUGAAGAGGGCCAAGAAGAAGCAGCUGAGGCGGGUGGAGAAGCGGGACACGCUGGCCCUGCUCCAGAAGACGCCCGCAAGGCGCAGCACGGCCGCAGAAUGAGGCAGGAUUUGGGAUCGUGCCACGAGGAUCCUGCUCCUUCCCAGGGGCUUUUCCUCAGCUUGCCAGGCAGGAAUCACUGCCAGGACCCUCAGUGUUGGACAAACAACAGGACAGAGCUGAGGGGGGUGCAUUCCACAGGCACCAGCUGUGGAAUCCCCUAGUUCCUGUGGAAUCAGGAUGUGACCAGUGCCAGAGGCUGGAACAGAACUUUGCUUUCCCAAAUUUGCCUUUGUCUUAUAAAAAUGAAUAGGAACUGA